AUGGUUGACCGACAAUCAACACUCCACAGCCUCAACGGCUUGCUGGGGAAAUUCGACGAUCCCGAUCCCGAUAUUCGAUACAUGUCCCUGAGCGAUGUGCUCGGCAUCUUGAAUAGUCCUAACUCGGUAUUCCUCACCCAUGACACUACGACAUCCGCCAAAAUCACCGAUGGCCUUCUCAAGGCUCUGGAAGAUCAGCAUGGAGAGGUACAAAACCAAGCUUUGAAUUGUCUUGGUCCUUUAGCUGUGCGGCUCCCCGUCGAGAGCUUGACCCCGCUCCUCGAACGUCUCGCUUUGUUGACAUCUUCGCAAACCAUCGAUACGUCGGUGCCGAAUACAGCCCUGAGAAUAAUUGCCACAUCGCUCCCAUCUUCUCGGGUCGGCACGGUGGCGACGCCAGCAGCCACUGCCGCAUACUCGGCCGUUUCGAAGGUCCUCAUCCCGAGGCUCACCGGUCAGGGUCCAUCAAAGGGCACGAGGAGAGGUUCCGUCACUAAGGGAAUGCUGGAGAAGGAUACAGCCAAGGGCUACAGCAGCGAUGCCAUUGACGUGGUCAUUGAAGUUGUCAACUGUUUUGGAUCUCUACUCAAGGAGACCGAAAUAACAGCUCUAGAAAAGUCGAUUAUGGGCAUAAUCGAAAACGACACAGCCGGUACAGUGGUUACCAAGCGUGCCUUGGUCGCAAUUUCAGCACUGGUUGUUAAUUUCUCGGAUGCCCAACUGAGCGCCUUUGUAUCAAGCCUAAUCGAAAGUUUCCGUUCCACGCAUCUUACGAUCAACAAACGCCGCCAUCUGAUUGCGACGGUGGGUAGUCUUGCACGGGCGGCAUCGUCGAAAUUCGGACCAUAUCUAAAGACCCUGGCGCCCUUUGUUCUUUCCGCUGUCAGUGACCAGGAGCUAGAUGAGAUGCAACAAGAUGAUUCGGAUAAUGAAGAGCAUGAUCCACAGGCAGAUGAACUCCGUGAAACCGCUUUGCUUGCUCUUGAGGACCUCCUAUUGUCAUGUAACCAAGAGAUGCAACCGUAUCUAUUGGACUCGAUCAAUGCCGCCUUGACGUAUCUCAAGUAUGACCCGAACGUUGCAUUCGAGGAAGACGAGGAGAUGGGUGGCACGCAAGACGAAGGCAGUGAAGACGAUGUGACUGAAGACCAAGAUGACGCCGAUGAUGAAUUUGACGACUUUGAAGAGGAAGGUGGUUACAGUGAUAUUGAUGACAUGAGCUGGAAAGUGCGGCGUUGCUCGGCCAAGGUACUUCACGCGGUUGUUUCCACUUAUGCAAAUGGCCGAUUGCUGGAGGAUGGCCCAUUGUAUCAGCGGGUUGCUCCCGCAUUGAUCUCGCGAUUCGCUCGAGAGCGAGAAGAGGGCGUGAAACUUGAAGUGGUUGGGACUCUCACGGCCCUCGUGCGGAAAACGAGUGAAGGUAUUACGGUUCUGACCUCGAAUGGCUACACAGAGUCUGUGGGUGGGUCGAAAAACUCUCGCAAACGGAGGCGUCAAGAUAGCUUUGCUGGAGUGAUUGAUUUUGAGCCUAGCAUGGGGACCACAUCCGCCAUUAAUUCGCCUCUUGCUACACCUAUACCCCCGGAGUCAGGUCCUCAAGUUGAGCUGCAACGAUUACUUCCAGAUCUGAUACAAAGCUUGGUUAAAAUGUGGAAGCAAGCCUCGGUUGCGUUGAAACAGGCUGCAAUUGUGCUAUUGACGAGUUUGGCUUUGGCGCGAUAUGGAGGCUUGGAGGACUAUCUCCAAAAGAUUGAGGAUCCGAUUGCGGAUGCACUGAAAGCUUCCAACGCCGGGGGUGCUUCUAUCACAUCUGGGACAGCUGUUAGUUCGGGAACUCUCCAGAUUGAAACACUUAGUCUCGUCGGAGCUAUUGCAGAGACACAUACCUCCAACGCACUUGUACCAUUCCUCAUCGCAUUAAUUCCUGGGAUUAUCACAUCCGUCAAUGACCGAAAUCACAAGGUGGCUGGUGAGGCAUUGGGGGCUAUUGAUCACAUUGUCAAAGCCCUAACUCCGCCCCGUGUUUCAGCUAGCGAGCAAGAGAAUCUUGGGCCUCAACUGGAAAAGCUCUAUGAUGUAAUCCUUCUUCGUAUCACCGAUACCAGCGCAGACCUUGAAGUUCGCCGGCGUGCAAUUCACGUCUUUGGUGUUUUAUUAGCCCGAACCUCUGGCGACGCUGGACGAAAGCUCGUCUCUGGUGCUCAUCGUUCCAAGGGGUUGGCUAUUUUAGUUGACCGAUUGAAGAAUGAGACGACACGACUGGCCAGCGCACGAGCCAUUGAUGACAUUGCUGUUCUGGCCAGCAGUCAGCAAGACGUUGACUCUGAAUGGAUUACUGAAGUUACAGCUGAGCUCAGCUCUCAGCUUCGAAAGUCUGACCGCAGUCUGAGAAGUGCUUGUUUGGAAGCCCUCCGAAGCCUGGCAAUGAACCCAAACACUCGAGCUCACUAUGAUGAAGGAACAAUGCUUGGUUUGGAGAACUUCCUCUUGCCGCUCAUUACUUCCGAUGACUUCCAUCUACUUGCGCCCGCUCUUAUCAUCCUUGCUAAGAUAAUACCACACCAUGCACAAACGCUGGUUACGAAAGAGCUCAUUUCAGCACUUUGUGCUAUUGUCGCGGUCCCUAUGGUAGGAACGAGUCUUAAAGCACUACUUUUACUCGUCAAGGUGAUUGGAGAGGAAGGCGCUGGUAUGGGUCUCAUGAAACGGCUGUUGCAAGAUGUGGGAAUCAACGGCGAUCCUUCUGUUGUUGGGCGAGCAAUCGGAGCACUGCUUGUGCAUGGGGGACCGAACUUGGGAGUGAAGACGGAAGACUUUCUUACAGAAUUACAAACCGCAAAAGACACCCAGCGAAAAUGCCUUGCGCUGGCUAUCUUGGGUGAAGUAUGUUUGCGCAUGGGAGAGUCAUCUUCUAUCAAGCCAGAUCUAUUCAUCUCAAACUUUGACGACAAGUCCGACAAGGUACGAUUGGCGGCUGCAGUGGCACUUGGUAAUGCCGGGGCCAGCAACGUGAAAACAUACAUGCCGGUCGUGCUCGAUGGGUUGGAUAGGUCUAGUUCCUCCACAUACCUCUUGCUCCACUCGAUCAAGGAAAUGCUUCAGCACCCUGAAAUUGUGCGCGACGAGAUCGGUCCCUUUGUGGCGAAGCUGUGGGGAAUUCUCCUUUCGGCCUCAGAUGAAGAGGACAACAGGGUGGUCGGAUCAGAAUGCAUCGGUCGACUUGCUCUUUUAGACCCUGCAUCUUACGUGCCUCACCUGCAAGAAUAUCUCACAGACAAAAAUCCCACCGUUCGUGGCACGGUCAUCUCGGCGUUCCGGUAUACUCUAUCGGAUUCUAGCGGCGCAUAUAACGAUGUCUUGCGCCCAUUGAUUAUUCCCAUCUUAGUAAGUAUGCUGAGCGACCAGGACUUGGGCAACCAUCGACUAGCCCUGACUACACUGAACUCGGCAAUCCACAACAAGAUGGAGAUCAUCCAGCCUCACUUGAAUGAGCUGUUGCCGGCUGUUAUCGGCGACACUCAUACCAAGCCCGAACUGAUUCGGGAAGUACAAAUGGGCCCAUUCAAGCACAAGGUCGACGAUGGGCUGGAACUACGCAAGACCGCGUACGAGACUUUACACGCUUCUCUUGAUUCUGCGUUCAAACGUAUGAAUGUUUCAGAGUUGUACGAACGCAUAUUGGCUGGUAUCGAGGACGAGCAGGAUAUUAGAAUGCUCUGCAAUCUCAUGACAACCAAGCUAGCCACUCUAGAUGCCGAAGAAACUGAGCGCCAGCUCGACGCGUUGUCGGAGCGCUACACAGCGGUGUUGAACCUCAAGCCCAAGGAGAAUGCGGUCAAACAAGAGCUCGAAAAGGCCCAGGAAGCCUCACAAGGUAUUCUCCAGGUCAGCCGCGAACUGACCAAGGCGUUCCCGGGCGCUGAGACGGGCAGCGAGCAUCUCAAGUGGAAGUCGUACUGCGAGUGGAUUCGCAAGACGUUUGCUUCUCAGCUUCGCAAUCUGGAUUCUGAAGCUUAA